AUGUUCAACUAUGUUACAGUAACAACGUAUCUAUUAGUGCAAGACAACAGAGAAACAGAGUUACGGGUGGUGACACCAGUGGUGUUAAUCCAAGAGGAGUUCGUGCUAGCAAACGCAAUUGAGAUCGGACUUCUACCUAAGGAUAAUAUCAGAUCCAACAGCCGUGUCCUUAUCGGAGAGCACUGGAUUUCGAAAGGGCGUGGUGUGCGUAACUACAUAUUACACCCGGAGUACGAACAGUCCCAAAACACCAUAGCUAUCAUACAGUUGGUAGAAGGAGUCAGUCGAAAACUGGGACUAGUUAUUCGACCAGUCUGUCCGGCACCAAAUACCUUUCUGAUAAAUCCUGAGUUAUAUGUCAUCAGAUUAAAAGAUAAUUUGGAAGAUCUACAUAGAGAAAUAAUGGAGGUUACUCAUGUUCCAUGGAGGAUGUGUAGAGAAUUUUACUCUGCUGUCAAUUUAUACACAAAGGAAAUGCGUCCGCCCAGCGCGGUGUGCGCAGCUGUACUGGACACAAAUGAAGUGUGCGUGUGGAACGCAGGCGCAGCCCUCGUCACCCGCGAUGUGUGGGGCCGAUGGCAACUGCUGGGAUUGGGAGUGAGAGGACCGGGUUGCAGCGCACCAUCGCGCUAUAUUGACAUGCUCAGUUAUUACCCUUGGAUACAUAGCAGUCUAGACAAGUUCCGGCGUGUUACGAUCACAAAGAUUAACAACCAGAAAUACGUAUUGCGAAAAAGCAAAGUGAUCUCGACACAGAGGUUUGGCAAUUGCGAUGAAGAGGAAAAAAAGAAUCUUCUAUACAGAGACUUGGUUGUUUUAGACAACGACAAAAAAAAGCUUACUUUUGCCACUUACAAUAUGACGAUUAUUCAGAGUAUAGAGAUCACAUGUAUGACCAUGGAGAUAACAGAAGGCGCUGCAACUUCAAAGAUGUCUGUGAGACACGUUUGUCAACGAGCGCCGGAUGGAGGUCCAUGUUACGCUUACAAAGAAUCUUUAUUCGACGUUAGUGUAUUUAUAAUAUUUACUGGACAAGCUAAGUUCGAGAUGGUUGUCUGGGGCUUUCAAAAACUAAUGAAAUCGUUGGACACCAUGGAAUGGAAAUGGGAAGAAGGAUCGUUUUAUGACGACUUUACCGCACAGAGAGUAGAAUAUACAGGACCGACGUUCAUGACUGAUUUUGGUUACGAACCGCUGGAUAACGCAAUGUGGUUACCCAACUACGAUUUAUGGACAACGACAAGCAAAACAACGUCAACUCAGACAGAAACUGAACCACCCUUACAAAUCACUAAGAUACACACUCAGACUGAAACAGUGUUGUAUGGAAUCAAUGAUGUCGAGGAAACGGGACCAGCAGCUUGA